AUGCGGGCCCGGUGCCGCGACGUCGAGUCCGAGCUGACCAAUCCUAGGAUCCGCAAGGUCAAGUGCGACGAAAGCAAGCCGGCCUGCCUGAGAUGCACCAGUACUGGCCGCAAGUGUGACGGCUACCCAGCCAGCCCCGAGCAGGGUUUGACAUGGUAUCGGCCCAGUCAUCUGUUCCAGUCCAUCGACCAGCCUGUUGAGGGCAGAGCCUUGCAAUUCUUCUGCGAGAACGCCGGGCCGCUCCUUUCAGGGCCGUUGGACCCUUACUUCUGGACGCACCUGGUCCUCCAGUUCAGCAACUUUGAGCCAUCGGUACGCCACUCAGUGGUUGCCAUCAGCUCGCUGUAUGAAGACUACCACUGCCGAGCCAGGACCGUUGCCCAGCUGCGAAACAACGACUUUGCCCUCCGCCACUAUAAUGCGGCCAUUGAGAAUCUGAGGAAAUUGAACAAUGAGCCAUUGAUCCUGCUUGUCUGUGUCCUAUUCGUCUGCAUUGAGCUGCUGCAGGGCAACCGAGAUGCAGCGAUGCAACACAUUCGGCAUGGCAUCAUUAUACUCGAGCGGAUAGGAGCUUCUUACCCCUGGACCGUGGAGCAUCUGGCACCGGUCUUCCGCCGCCUAAGCGUGUUUCCGCUGUUCUUUGGAAGCUCCGUCGAUACGUUUCCACGACCUGCAGGCCUGGAUGCACCUAUACCGGCACGUUUCACCACCUUUUCCGAGGCACAGUACUACAUGGAUGCCAUCAUAUGCCAGGCAUCUCGGCUGAUACGCCACGGGGACCCAUACCGCUACGGAAAACUUCUGAACCAACCCGUCGACCCACGCUUGCUUGCCUGGCAGUUGAACUUGGAAUUGUCGGUCAAUGACUGGUACGAUAGCAUGGCCGACCUCAACGAGAGGUUGGGUCUGAAAGAAGAACAAGAUACCGCAUACUGUAAUGCUAUGCUUCGCUACAGAUUAGCCCGUUCAUGGGCCAGAAGCGCCUUCGAACCGAACGAGACGGCCUACGAUGAGCGGCUCGACGAUCUGAAAGCUAUCAUUGAUAGAGCUGUCCAACACAGCCAUCGUGUUCCGCGAAUCGGAUCCAAUGGGCCCAGGUUCACGUUUGAAGUCGGCUUUGUACCGUUUGUCAUAUAUGCGACGAUGCACUGCCGUGACUUGCGAACGCGAUUGCGCGGACUAAUUUGGCUGAGAGAGUGCGGAACCACAAGGGAGAACUUAUGGGAACCCGAACGGAUGUAUCCCAUCUGCAAGCGACUAGUUGAGAUAGAGCACAAUAUCGUUCUCGACAAGCUGGACCAGCCGGUGGGUCCUGUGGCGUGGGAACAACUGCCAAUAGAGGAGAUGAGGUCCAAGGACUUCUCAUCAAGUCCCGACCGCGUGCUCCAUGUAGAUGCUGAUGGUCGCAAGGUCUGGGGCAGCUGGGCAAACUUUGUCAUGCGGACUCGUGAGGGUAAGGUAUGGAUGUUGAAAGAAUUCCUGCCUCGCCCAGCGUCUGUUGGUGACGUGCUCGAGGAAUAG